AUGAGUUGGUUGGAUCCAAUGAACGAUGAACUGAACAAGUUCAUGAAACACAUCUUCCCAUUGCAACUUCUUAUGGGCUACACAAAAACUGUUCCAGAAGGUUAUACAGAAGUGGUCUAUAAAAACAGGCAUGGACAUGUUGUAAAACUGAAUGUAGAAACAAACACAACUACAUUAUUGCUGGAAAAUGCGACUUUUGUAACUUUCAAAGCAUCGAGGUAUUCAGUGUCUCCGGAUUUAAAAUAUGUCCUCCUUACAUAUGACAUCAAACAGGUUUUUCAUUAUUCUUAUACGGCUUCAUAUGUGAUAUACAACAUACAUACAAGGGAAGUUUGGGAGUUAAAUCCUCCAGAAGUGGAGAACUCAGUUUUACAGUAUGCAGCAUGGGGUGUACAAGGGCAACAACUGAUUUAUAUAUUUGAAAAUAACAUCUAUUACCAGCCUGAUGUAAAAAGCAGUUCAUUGCGACUGACAUCCUCUGGAAAAGAAGGAAUUAUUUUUAAUGGAAUUGCGGACUGGUUAUAUGAAGAGGAGCUGCUUCAUUCUCAUAUUACUCAUUGGUGGUCACCUGAUGGAGAAAGACUUGCCUUUCUAAUGAUAAAUGACACAUUGGUACCAAACAUGUUUAUUCCUCGAUUUACUGGGAGUCUGUAUCCAAAAGGGAAGCAGUACCCCUAUCCAAAGGCAGGUCAAAUGAAUCCAACAGUAAAGCUAUAUGUAGUAAAUCUGUAUGGACCAACACAUACAUUGGAACUGAUGCCACCUGACAGCUUUAAAUCAAGAGAAUAUUACAUUAUGAUGGUGAAAUGGGUCAGCAAUACUAAGACAGUUGUACGGUGGUUGAAUAGACCUCAGAAUCUAUCCAUCCUGACAGUGUGUGAGACGACAACUGGUGCUUGUAGCAUGAAAUAUGACUUUGCAUCUGAAAUAUGGCUUUCAAAGCAGAAUGAGGAGCCAGUUUUCUCCAAAAAUGGCAGUGAAUUCUUUAUGACAGUUCCUGUUAAGCAAGGUGGCCGUGGAGAAUUCCAUCAUAUUGCUAUGUUUAAUGUUCAGGCUAAGAGUGUACGACAUCUGACAUCAGGAAACUGGGAAGUUAUCAAAAUUUUGGCAUAUGAUGAAAAAACGCAAAAGAUCUAUUUUUUAAGUACUGAGAAUUCACCAAGAGGAAGACAGCUACAUAGUGUGUCAACAUUUGAACUACUGAAUCGUCAGUGCCUUUCAUGCAGUUUUAUGAAAGAUAACUGCACCUAUUUCAAUGCAAAGUUUAGCCCUACAAACAAGUAUUUCAUUCUGCAAUGUAAAGGACCUGAUGUUCCAGUUGUCAGUGUGCACAGUACAAGUAAUCCCGAAAGAUUUUAUAUAUUGGAAAACAAUUCUGUAUUACAAGAAGCCCUUUUAAAGAAAAAAAAAAUCCGGACAGAAAUUAAAAUGCUUCACAUUGAUGACUAUGACCUUCCUUUACAGUUGUCCUUUCCAAAGGAUUUCACAGACCGGAAUAAAUAUCCACUCCUGUUAAUAGUUGAUGAAGCUCCAGGCAGCCAGUUGGUUUCAGAUAAAUUCCACAUCGACUGGGAUUCUGUGCUUGUCAACUCUGAUAAUAUCAUCGUAGCUCGGUUUGAUGGAAGAGGGAGUGGAUUCCAAGGCCUAAAGAUUCUUCAGGAAGUCCACCAUUCCUUAGGAUCAGUCGAAGUGAAGGAUCAGAUAGCAGCUGUAGAGUACGUAUAUGCAAACAUUUAUUCUAUUUUGUUACGUGUCUCAUCUUUUACCGAGGGCUAUGGAGGAUACAUUUCAUCAAUGAUUCUGAAGUCCAAUGAAAGACUUUUCAAGUGUGGAACUGUGAUAGCUCCAAUUACAGACAUGAGAUUAUAUGCGUCAGCUUUUUCAGAAAGAUACCUGGGUCUUCCAUCUAAGGAAGAAAAUGCAUAUCAGGCAUCCAGUGUACUACACAAUAUUCAUGGCUUCAAGGAAGGAAAUUUGUUAAUCAUCCACGGGACAGCUGAUACUAAAGUCCAUUUCCAGCAUUCAGCAGAACUAAUUAAACAUCUAAUAAAAGCCGGAGUGAAUUAUACUAUGCAGAUCUAUCCAGAUGAAGGUCAUUACAUCACAUCAGAGAAGAGUAAAUAUCAUCUUUAUAGCACAAUAAUCAGCUUCUUUAGUGCUUGUUUAAAGGAGGAAGCACCAAUUUUACCACAGGAACCAGAAGAAGAUGAAUAAGGAAACAUUUGUACAGAACUGAGGAGCCUUACACUGAGGCUCACUAAAACCAUAAACCAGAGUGACUAUAAGAGACCAGAUUCUACAGAAGCCCAAGGACAGCUAAAGGACAUACCAGUGGAACAGCACAUUUUGUAACAAUGAGCUAAUAAACUGGGAUUUGAAUACACAAGUCCAAACGAAUUAACAAGGACAAAACCUAUACCUUUAUGGAAGGUCAACAGUUGGUUGCAGUUUCCUGGGAGAAAUUAAUUUUGCAUAAGAGUAGGGUUAGUGCAUGUUGAUUCUGUUAAGAUUCACUGUUUGUUCUGUAUGUAGUUGCUCCAUUUUUUUUUUAAAUUUAAAAUGCACUUCGCUCCUGGACUUCGGCAUAAUAGACACAACCUGUCAUAAGAUUAAGGCCACUAAUAUUUAAAUGGGAGAGCUGCAAUCUAACACUUGUAACUUUAUAAGAAGUGCAAUUCUUUCACUGUCAAGCAUAAAAAAUUUGAGUUAAUAAAAGAUUUUGUUAUGGUUUACAUGGGGAAAUCAGGUGAGUCAGAUAUCCAGUGUACAAAUUGCUUUGAUAUUUUGCCCCCAUCCCAUUUCAGUAUUCACUAUAAUUCCUGCAUCUACUAUAAACCAGUAAGCAAAAUUUUAGUAAUAUACCCUUGGACUUUAUGUAUAUACACAAGACUCCCUUAGCAGAAAAUGUUUGCGUGCUUGAACAGGGUUUUUUUCCCCCCGAAGCCAUAUCUACAGCUAUGUUUAAAUUGAUAUCAACAACAGCA